GCUGUGUCUCGCGGAGCCUCGUGCUGGUUUGGUUGAUUUCUCGCUGGCGCUCUCGUUCUGUAACAGAAGCCCCCCCCCCUCUCCAACACGCACACAUACACACACACACAUGCACACACAGAAACACGCACACACUUGUGUCGGCGAAAUUCAUUUCCCCGGCGCUGUAUUUAUAUAUUUUUUCUUUCGCAAACUUUCCCCUCUCUGUUUUGAGUUUAAACGGAGUCGCGGUGGAUUACCGGAUACCGGUCCGGGCGGAGGGCAAAGGGGGGAAUGAACCGGGACAGCGGGUACGUUGUUACAAGUAUAAUUGUAUUUAUAUUCAAUGGUUUUUCGGAGUUUGAUUGUGAGUGAGUCGCCGUGCUGAGAGCGAGGUAGAGAGAAGAGUGGGGGGAGAGAGAGGGAGCGAUAUCAUGGCCGCUCAGGUCGCUAGCGUCGCCACUCUCAACACUAGCCCGCCAUCCGAACUCAAAAAGCCGGAUCGGGACCCACAGGAGGAGUCGGUACCGGGAGAGAAACAGCAUGAAAAUAAGGAACCGGGACCUGACGGCGGAUCUCCCGGCCAGAAGGAGCUGCAGGACGGGGCCGAUGCUGGAAAUGCUGGGGGAGGAGGGGAUCCUGACAUGAAGAACGGCAACGGGAAUUUGCCUAGGGUAAAUAAUAAUAGCAGCAACCAGAAUGAUUCGGGCGGUCCCGAGGGGAAUAACCAUCCCGGAAUGGGACACCACCACCCGGGCCCCUUUCCUCCACCUCCUUACGGUUACAACCAGCACUACAGCCGGGCCCCUUUUCAUCAACAUGGCGGACAACAAAGCCCUGGCAUGGCAGCUGCGUCGGGGCCGGGCAUGAUGGACCCUUAUCCCCCCAAUUCACACGAACACGGCUACCCCAACCACUAUAACAACUACAGCCCGUUCCAGAACAGGACUUCUUAUCAGGGCCAAGGAUACGGGGCCAUGAAUUCCCCGCGAAACAACCAGCCCCCGGCGGCUGGGGGGCAGCCAGGCAAGCAACAGCCAGCAGGAGGAACCGCCGCUAUGGCUGCCUCCUACAAUAAUCAGAGGUAUAACAUGGGAAACCAACAACCUACGUCCACGCCAACUUUAAAUCAGCUUUUGACAUCCCCUAGCUCGGCUAGGAGCUACCCGAAUUACCCGCAAGGAGACUAUAACAAUCAGGAAGGGGCCAGCAAGGGGCCAGGAGAUGUGGGCAGCAGUCAGUAUGGUGGGGUCCAUCCGGGUUGGCCACAAAGGACCCUCCAUCAGCCACCCAUGAGCCCGGGAAACACUGGACAACCUCCCAACAGAAAUCAGCCUCCUAGCCCAAUGGACCAGGUUGGGAAGAUGCGCGGGCAGUCGUACGGGGGACCAAACCCCUACUCGCAGCAGCAGCAGCAGCAGCAGCAGCAGCAAGGGGCCCCCACAGGGCCCGGACCCCAGCAGGCGGGCCCUUACCCAGGCCAGGGCUACGGACCUCCGGGCCCUCAGCGGUACCCCAUGGCCAUGCAGAACCGAACACCGGGCGCUAUGGGCGGCAUGCAGUAUGGACAGCAGAUGUCAGCUUAUGGACAACAGGGGCCUGGUGGCUACAGCCAGCAAGGCCAGGGCUACUAUGGCCAGCACGGUGCCCCCCCCCACCCUGGCCAGCAACAGCCUCCGUACUCCGGGCAACCCCAGGGCAGCUCCGGAGCUCCCUACCCGCAGCAGGGCCACCCUUCACAGCCGUCCGGCCAACACGGGCAGCCCGGACCCCCCUACCAACAGUCCCAAGGUCCACACGGUCCUCCUGCGGGUCAGCCCCCCUACAGCCAGCCCCCACAGUCUCAACCGGGGCAGCCGCCCUACGUCCCUCCCCAGCAGCAGCAGCAACAGCAGCAACAACAACAGCAGCAACAACAACAACAACAACAGCAGCAGCAGCAGCAGCAGCAGCCGCCUCAACAGCAGCAGGGUCCGGGUCCCCAAAGUCAGCAGGGCCCUCAGGGCCAGCCUGGCUACCAACAACCCCCUGGACCGGGGCAGCCACCGCAGCAGCAAACCCCGCAGCAGCAGCAGCAGCCGCAGCAAGGACCCCCACCACAACAACAACAGCAGCAGCAGCAGCAACAGCAACAACAACAACAACAACAACAACAACCAGGAGGUCCUCCUCCUCAAGCCCAGCAACCUCCAGGUCACGGACAGCAGGGCCAACCGUCACCGUACUCCCAGACACCCCCACUGCAGCAGCCACCACAACAACAACAACAACCACCGCAGCAACAGUCACCAUAUCAGAGGUUCCCGCCUCCUCCACAGGAACUCUCCCAGGAUUCCUUUAGCUCCCAGUCCAGCGCUCCUCCUUCCAACCAGCCCAUGGCGUCCAACAAGAGCAGCCAAGAAGACAGCAUGCAGGGCCGGCCCCCCAGUCUGCCGGUGAGCCCCCCCCCCGUCUCCUCAGCUGACCUCUGA